AUGUUGGGCCGAACCUUGAGCCGCGAGUCCAUACCCUUGCCCUCUGCGAGAAAGUCAUCAAGCGGCUCCGUGUCCUUUGCCAAGCAGAAGAAGAGGAACAAGAUCAAGGCCAAUGAGAAGGAGGAGACCAAACUGCAGGCCAAGCGAAAGGCGUCGCUGGCGUCAAAGUUGAAGGUGCUGUCGAACAGGCUCGAGUCGCGCGCGCAAAGGGUCGAGGAGGAGGCCGAGCGGGCCAAGGAGAACCUGCACCUACACUUCACCACGCUCGAGGCCGCCCUGUGCCGUGCCCUGCGCGAGCGCCAAGCCGAACUCGCCGCCCAGAUCGACGACGCUGCCGACGAUCGCUGCGCCACUCUGCUCCAGCACCGCGCCGAGGCGUCGUCGUUGUCGCUCAAGCUGCACUUCACCGACGCCAGCGACCGAGAGGAGCUCGUGGAGAAGGCCAAGAAGUGUCACAGCGUCGGGAAGCGGCAGGCCGGGUCCAAGCAGCGGGUGGAGGUGGUCCUCGACGCCUCUCUCGCCCGACGACUCGAGCAAUCCCUCCGCGCCCACGGCACCGUCAACUCCGGCUCAUGA